AUGGAUGAAGAAUAUGAUGUUGUGAUCUGUGGAACUGGCUUGACUGAAUGUAUUUUGAGUGUCUUACUAUCUACAUCGGGGAAGAAAGUUCUACAUAUAGAUCGUAAUAAUUAUUAUGGUGGUGAGUCUGCAUCUUUAAAUUUAACUACAUUAUAUAAUAAAUUCCGUCCCGGUAUAAAGCCACCUGCUUCAUAUGGUGCAAAUCGUGAUUGGAAUGUUGACUUAAUUCCAAAAUUUGUCAUGGCUAGUGGAGAUUUGGUAAAAAUAUUAUUGAAAACUCAUGUAACUCGCUAUUUAGAAUGGCAGGUUAUAGAAGGUACAUAUGUCUACCAAUUUCAAAGAGGAGGCCUCUUAUUUGGUCCUAAAUUUAUCCAUAAAGUACCUGCAACAGAGAUGGAGGCAAUUAAGAGUCCCUUAUUAGGAUUAAUGGAAAAGAACAGUUGUAGAUCUUUUUUUUCAUUUAUAUUGAAUUGGGAAGAUGAUGAUAAAAGUACCCAUAUGGGGUUUGAUCGUGAGGGAAAUACAAUGUCUGAUAUAUACAACUAUUUUAGAUUAUCAAAUACAACUAUUGAUUUUAUAGGUCAUGCUAUAGCUUUAUAUACAACAGAUGACUACAUAGAAAGACCAUUUGGGGAAACAUUAGAUAAAAUUAGGCUAUAUAUGAUGAGUAUUAGUCGUUAUGGUCAAUCUCCAUUUAUAUAUCCAGUAUAUGGGCUAGGUGGACUACCUGAAGGUUUUUCACGGUUAUGCGCCAUACAUGGUGGUACAUUCAUGCUAAAUACAGAUGUAGAGAAGUUCAUAUUUGAUGAAAGUGGAAAGGUAUCUGGAGUAUCUACACAACAUGGCCAAGCUAAAUGUAAAAUGGUAAUUUGUGAUCCUUCAUAUGUACUGAAUUUUGAGAAGCCGAAAGUUCAAUGUGUAGGUAAAGUAAUUAGGUGUAUCUGCAUUUUAAAUGCACCCAUACAAGAUACUAACAAUGCAUCAUCUUGUCAAAUUAUUAUACCUCAGAAUGAACUCAAGCGUAAGUACGAUAUAUAUGUAAUGAUGAUAUCAUCUACUCAUGGUGUUGCUUUAAAAGGCAAAUACAUUGCAAUAAUUUCAACAACAAUUGAAACAGAUAAUCCUCUGCUGGAAAUUAAUCCUGCAUUAAAGUUACUAGGUAACACAAUAGAGGAACAAUUUGUAUAUAUAUCAGAUAUAUAUGAACCUUUAGAAAUGAAUCAGUCUAAAAAUGAACAUUUUGAUAAUAUCUUUGUAUCAAGAUCAUGUGAUGCGACUUCACACUUUGAAACAUUAACAGAAGAUGUUCUAUAUUUAUGGGAAACUAUUACUGGAAGUGCUUUGGAUCUUACAGAUAUACCCCCUGAUGAUAUUAAUGAAAAGUAA